CUCUCUGUCUCACACAAAUCACACACACACAUACACACACACACACCAAAGACUGUGGACUGGCUGACAAAACAGAGGGGGUGUAGAGCAACACGGGCUGAGGAGUUUACUUGCAUUCCCGCUCGGUGCGUGCAUGUGUGUUGGCUCGCCCCCCUUGCUCUCAUGGUUUCCAGAACCCACACCACCGCUCCAGUCCAGUCAAGUUCCGUCCCUUUUUCCCCUUUGCGCGGACAAAUGGCUCAGACAAGAAGAGGUGAGCAAGGCGAGGCGAGGCGCGGCCAGGCGACCCAGAAGAGAGAGGAGCCGAGUGGGCGCUUAGCUUACCCAGCCAACAGUUAGCUUAAUUACCUCCUGGGUGUGCAGUAAUACUUCCUGCUGGCGUUGCUUUGCUUUUUACCUAGAAGAGGUUGGGAGGCUGGAGCCGCCUCCUCCACGUGUCAAAAGUCAUCCCGUCUCGUCUCCGCCCCCUUGGGUUUCCCCUUACUCGCCCGCUCGCGCACCCUGCGGAAGUCUGCAGUGCAGAGUGUGCCCGACGUAGACUUGUUGGAACUGGAAAGUGAGACACGAUGCGGAUGCCCGCCAACGAAAAUACCGUCGCCGUCGCCGCCGCCGCCGUCACCGUUGCGGCCGACAACCGGCCGGCUGCCGCCACCGCCGCCGCCGUCGCCGUCGCCGUCGCCGAUUCCGCUCUUGUUUCUUCAUCCCCUUCCGAGGCUCAUCGGCCUGCUUCCGCCACUUCUGCUUCCCUCGCUGCUGCGCUUCCUCCUCCUUCUUCUCUUCCUGCUCCUCCUCCUCCUCCGCCUCCUACGUCAGUCCCGUCCAUGCCGUUGACGUUGUCUCGCUUGUCGCGCCAUGACGCCGCCCUAGCUGCUGGCCGUCUCGAACCUUAUUCAUUUACUACCCAACAACACCCGCCGCCGCCGCCAACCUACUACCGCCGGUUGGCUGCGGCUCCAGGUCCGGGUCCCGGUCCGGGUCCCGGUCACGGUCCCGGUCUCAUACCAGGUCCAGCUUCGGCUCCAAAACCUUCUCCAAACCUAACUCAAGGCCCGGCACCACCUUCAGCCGCCGCAUCUUCCGCCGCUCGUCAUGGCGUGUUUAGAUUACCUCCGUCGCCUUCACCCACUCCGUCACAUCCCAACACCUUCAACAACCUCGCCAGCCAUGAGAGGAACCACAGCAGUUCAAGCUUCGCCAGCACCAACAACAGCUUUGCCGCCACAUCAGCACCGCGCCCCGACACUUCUCAGCCCGGCCGCUGUUCCGUCAUGGCCCUGCAAAAUGUCUUGUGCGACCCGGACGACGACGUAAUCAUGACUUCGUCGCGCUCUAGUCACCCACCCACACCACCUAAUCUUGAUGCCCUCAACGCCCCCACCACGACAGCAUCCGCUCCCAUCUCUCCAGCUUCGGAUCCGCUCGAGACGCCUGCCUUUGUGGCGCGUCCGAAUCCUUCUCAUGUGGUCAUGACCACACGGCCUCAGCUGCAUACUCCUCACACCCAACACAAUGAACCUGGCUGCAAGACAUGUCAGAUCCGCAAAAUGCCAUGUGACGAAGGUCGUCCCUCAUGCCAAAAUUGCUCACGCAUGGGCAUCCAUUGCCUGGGCUACUUCACUCCGAGUCAUGCCAACGCCCAACAGGUCCCGGACCGCUCCGUACCUAGCGUGAGUGCUAACGCCAAACGCCAGGACCAAGAAGAGUAUCUGUUCUUUCUCCUCGAUCACUACCGGCAUACCAAGCGCCACUGUAUGUGGGAGCUUAUCACUCUUGAUUUCAACGAGCACUUCUCUUGUAAUAUGCGGAAGGAGGCCUUGCAAAUGAUCAAACGACGGCGCUUCAAGGAUAAAGAGAGUACCAGAGAGGAAUCGCCAGUUGACGCUACGAGUAGUGUGCAACGCCCCAAGGCUAAGAGAGGACGACGCCCACGGUCAAAUGUCCCCUCUCUCCAGCCAAUGACGCAGGAACCUAAUAACGAAUCUAGCAUAGGAUAAAUACACUAUUUUACUAUUA